CAAAAACUCGUCUGCUCGCUCGCGUGCACGCAUGCUGCUGCUUCCAGUUUUGAUGACCCGGCAUAUCGUGUUCUGGUUGGAUGAUCUAAUAACGUGAAAUAGUGGUGAAAAUUACGCCUUAUAUGCAUAAAUUACAUUUUGUGGCAGCAAUAGAUGUAGCGACGAAGAGUGCACUUCGAUUUUUCUCGGCAAAAGCUAAGAACCGCCCCAAAACGAUGCCUCUCGAUCCGAAGCACAUUGCCGAAGCCCAGAAGCAGCGCCUGAAGCUGAAACAAAAAAUCAUUAAAACGGCGCCGGGUAUUGUUAAUCUGCAGAUUGUUGGAUCCGGAGCUCAGGGAGCACCGGCUUCGGUUUAUCUGUUCUCGGAUCAGACGCGUUACCUAUUCAACUGCGGCGAGGGAACUCAACGGUUGGCCUACGAGCACAAAACCCGGCUGUCAUGUUUGGAAAACAUCUUCAUGACCCGUACCAGUUGGGACCGCAUUGGAGGGCUGCCCGGGAUAUGUUUGACCAUGCAGGAUGUCGGAGUGCCUAGCGUACGACUGCACGGGCCUCCCGGUUUGGAGGAACUGUUCCGAGCUAUGCGUCGCUUCGUUAUCCUCAAGGAUAUGAAAGUGGAAGCGGCCGAGUGUCGACCGGAAGACGUUUUUGAGGACCACGUUAUGACUUUGCGUUAUAUUCCUAUCAAUAGGGAACCGGAAUCUCCAACUCAGUCCGAUACCGAAGAAAAAUCUGAAGAAGUUGCCGUGGAUGAUACUGAUUACUACGCCCACGAGCGUAACAAAAAAUCCGAACCGAAAGCCAAAGUGGACUUGUCGAGAGCCUCGAAGUCUGCCGGCGGCAAGAAACAAGAUUGGACCAAACGCCACGAAUCCUCCGUGAUGGCGUACAUUUGUAAGCUGAAGCUGCGCUUCGGACAGCUGCUGUUGGAAAAAUGUGUGGACCAAGGCAUUCCCCCGGGUCCGCUUUUGGGUCAGCUAAAGAAUGGCAAAGAUGUCACGCUGCCUGAUGGAAAAGUUGUCAAGUCAAGCGAAGUACGAGGACCUGACGAUCCGGGGCCCGUUUUUAUAUUUUUAGACAUUCCUGAUGUAGCUUAUCUAGAAGAUUUGGAAUUGAAAAAUGAUCGGUUUGCUCCAUAUCAGAGUACGGCUACAGAAGACUCCGAUCAGGCCAUGUUUGUAUUGCAUUUUAGUCCAUUAGCGAUUAUGCAGACUGAUGGUUACAGAAAGUUUAUGGAUAGGUUCUCACCCAGCACUAGACAUAUAGCGCUAAAUGAAAUCAAUAGUUUUUCUGGGUAUAUUGCGUCCCAUAGGAUUCAACACCAUUUGAACCAGUUGGAUAGUCAAAUUUUUCCCCUUCUUAGCGAAAAAAAUAACGAGUAUGAAAAAUCUAUCAACGAACCAUCAAUUGCAGACUUGGUUAGGGUAUCAUCUCUAAGUUACCUACACAUACGUCCCCGGAAGGGAAUCGAUAGAACACAGGAAGCUGUAUUGAACCCUUCAGAAUAUCUCCAGGAACUGGAAGAGCUUCCCGAUUUCAAAGCUGCUCUGGCCGAGCUUCAUCAAACGAUGAAUAAGACUUCUUCACCAAAUCAGCUGACCAGUCGGUCAGAGUGCUUUCCACGAGUGGUUUUUCUCGGGACAGGCUCAUCGAUUCCGAACAAAACCAGAAAUGUGAGCGCCAUCCUCGUUCAUACCGGUCAAAACAGUUCGAUUCUGCUGGACUGUGGCGAGGGAACAGCCGGACAGAUUGUUCGAUUUUACGGACGUGAACAGGCUGAAAAGGUGUUCCGAUCGAUUCGAGCAGUUUAUAUUUCCCAUUUGCAUGCCGACCAUCACCUGGGUCUUUUCGGUUUGCUUCAAACCCGGAAGAAGUUGUUGGGCGCCAACUGUGAUAAACUCCUGUUGCUCGCACCGGAACAGAUGUCCUACUGGUUGCGGUUGUACGACUGCCGUUUUGAAUCGUUACAUAAGGAGUACACCUUGGUGAAAAACGCGGAUUUGAUCGAAGAACCUCUAAAAGACGAACGUACUUUGGAUCUUGGACUUCGAGAGAUCGAGACUUGCAGAGUGCGUCAUUGCCCACAUUCCUUCGGAGUAUCGUUGAAAAUGGUUUCGAUACAAAAAGGAGAACCGGGUGAAGAGGUGAAAAUAACGUACAGCGGAGAUACCAUGCCCUGUGAGGACCUCGUUGAGUUGGGCCGUGAUUCAACCAUUCUGAUUCACGAAGCGACCAUGGAAGAUGAACUGGAAACGGAAGCCCGUUUCAAAAUGCACAGUACCCUAUCGCAAGCCAUCGAACAGGGUCGGCGGAUGAAUGCUCGCUACACUCUGUUGACGCAUUUCAGCCAACGGUACGCCAAGAUACCGCGUAUCGAAUCAAACUUAGAGCGCAAUCUAGGGAUUGCCUUCGACAACAUGGAAGUGACGUUGGACGAUUUGCCUCAGCUGUGUUUGUUCUAUCCGACGCUGAAGGCCAUGUUCAUCAGCCAUUUCGAGGAAAUGGAACAGAAAGCUAUCAAACGGGGGAACAAAAAGAUGCGACUUGAAAACGGUGCUGAAGCAGCGACCAGCAAGGAGUCUUCACCCGUUAUUAGCUAGUGCUUAUACCGAAAAAGGUUAUCAUAACUUUUCGAAAACGCUCUGCAUGGAAGGAACAGCUCCGUCAAAAGCAAAAACGAAAAUGAACACAAACAAACCGCCAAAUAAGAACUGCCUGAAUAAGCCAAACUAAAUAAAAAUACAAAUCCAAAAAAAAA